AUGCAUUGGGAAAAUUUCACGACACUACUUACCAUUCUUGAUUUUGUGCUCGCCCUGUACACCACUGUUGCGGAUGCUAAUCUAGUCGCUAGUCUGACCCAAGAUUUUUUGGCUGAGUUCAAGGAGCUGUACCCAGACCGACCACUGACACCCAAGAUGCACUAUAUGAUACACCUGCCAUCUUGGAUGAAAAUGUGUGGUCCACUUUCUCGGUUGUGGUGUAUGCGGUACGAAGCCAAACAUAGUUUUUUCAAACAUUGGUCUAACGUUAUCGGUAACUUUAAGAACAUUACUAAGACCAUGAGUGAGCGACACCAACAUUACAUGUGUUAUCAAAUGUGUGAACCUACUCGAUACCUAAAGAAUCCUACAGUUUACCCAAAAGGAAAAUGCUGCACUCUAGCUUCUCUGAGCUACAUAUGUAAUAUCAAAGAUGCAGAACCAUCCUUAAAAGACGAUACACCGUUGCAAAGAGUCCAUACUGUGACUAUUAGAAAUGUCAGCUAUGCAAAAGGUCAUAUUGUUGUCGUCAAUGUGGACGAAGACGAGGUUCCACACUUUGCUAUCAUUGUGGAAUUUCUCGUAACCCCACUUUCUGAGAUAUUGUUUGUUUGCCACUCGCUCGUUACUGUGGAAUAUAGUAAACAUCACCAUGCUUACCAAGUCUCGCAAACAAAUGAUGUUGAUGUUGUAAAACACACAGAUCUUCAUGAUUAUCACCCGCUUUCUACCUGCUAUGUAGCCGGAAGCAGUUACACCUUUGUUUGUGUAAAGUAUCGCCUACUUCCCUCUGACACCAUUACUCAUUGACCUAUUUUUUGUUACAUAAAUUAAUUAUAAAUAUUAAAUGUUGUCUUAUCUACUAUAAUUAUAAUAACGUACGUAACUAUUAUACCACUGCUGUUUAUAUACAUAGGUCGUUGUGGGGCACAAUCAACUUUUGGCUGCAUUAAUUGUUGUCGAGGCAUUUAUAUACACAAUUAAUUUGAAUAAUAAUUAUGU